UGGUCCGCACGUGGGUCGACCCGUCUGCGUUAAAGUGCACUAGCCAACAUGGCAGCGUGCAGUGUUGAGCAGCUGCUAGCUAAAGCAGAAGCAGAAGAGGCUGAAAAACUAAACAGUAUCACCGUGAAGAAGGAGCUGGACUUGGAGUUUGACAUCGGGAACCUUUUGGCGUUUGAUAAAAACCGCGUUGAGGUCGCGGUCUUCAGACAGCAGAAGAAAGACGAGUUCCUCUUGGCGUUAGCUCGUGAUAACACGCAGUUGCUAAUCAAUGAGAUCUGGAAACAACCCACGGAGAGGGUCGAGGAGGCGAUAGUGGCCAAACUCCCGGACCCGGUGACCCCGCUGCCCAGGGAGAAGCCGCCCCCGAAGGCCAAACCUCCCACCAAAUGGGAGCAGUUCGCCAAGCUGAAGGGUAUCCAGAAGAAGAAGAAGACCAACUUGGUUUGGGAUGAGACUGCGAAGGAGUGGAGGAGGCGCUGGGGCUACAAACGGGUCAACGAUGGCACCAAGGAGUGGUUGAUCGAGGUCCCGGAAACCGCAGACCCCAACGAGGACCAGUUCGCCAAGCGCGUGAAAGCCAAGAAGGAGCGCGUGGCUAAGAAUGAGUUCAACAGGCUGAAGAACAUCGCCAGGGCCCAGAAAGGCAAAGCUCCAGGUUUAGGGCUGACCCCCAAAGCUCAGCAGUCCAAAGAUGAGCUGGCCAGAGCUGUGAGCGUGGCCAAAAGCUCCACAGCAUCCGUGGGGAGGUUCCAGGACCGGCUGCCCAAGGAGAAACCACCCAAGAACACAGGCAAGAAGAGGAAGUUUGAGCCCCUCAUUGGAAACUUUUCCAACGAGAAGCAGAAGCAGCUGGAGCUCCUGCAGGUCAUGGACAGUAAGAAACCCAAGAUGGACAUCACGAAGGCUGUCAACAAGCAGAUGAGAGAGGAGGACAGGGAGGAGGCCGCCGCCAAGUACAAGAAGGGAGCAGGGAAGAGGGGACGCAAGGGGAACAUGCCAGGGAAAGGCAAAGGGAAGGGUGGGAAAGGUAAAGGAGGCAAAGGAAGAGCAGGUGGAGGAGGAGGCAAAGGAAGAGCAGGUGGAGGAGGAGGAGGGGGGAAGAAGAGAUCUAAACCUGGGAAGAAGUGAGGAUACGUCCCUCUCCUCCGUCCUUCUGUACUAUUUAGUCCUUCUGUGUGCCUGAACUGGACAUGAUGCAAUAAGAAAAACUGUUCAUUUCACCCAUGAACAAUGACUGUUCAGCAUUUAUCUGGUUCUUUCACUGUCCAGACUGUCCUGUAAAUGUUUACUAAAUUUGUAAAUAUAUCCGCUGGCUUGCAUAUGAAUUAAUAAACACCUACAAGUGAU